CCCGCUCAACUGCCAACCUCCUCCGCGUUGGGGUGUUCAUGAGCUUUUCGACUUUCCCCCGCCAGGUUCGAUCGCAACCAUGGCUGAAAUUGCAGGUCUUGUUUUGGGCGGAAUUCCCCUCGCAAUUUGGGCGCUGGAGAAAUAUGCAGAACCCUUCGAGGCUUUCCACCGGUACCGCACUUCGAUAGACACGUUCCGAGCCGAUCUCAUUUUGCAAAAGUGGCAACUGCAAACAACGCUAUCUAAUGUCGGGCUGCAUGCCGAUCCGUCAACUCAAGAGUUGCGUGAGUGUUUCGAAACGAAGUAUCCGGAAAUCUGUCCUCAACUGAUGUCCAUCAUUGAACGAAUGGACGAGGUCACCGCGGCGCUUCUGAAGACUCUGGAUCUCGACGUCAAGGGAAAGCCAGAUGCCUUGCCCGAGAAGUUCCAGUGGGAAUGGCGCAGAGUAAAGCACAGCUUCACCGUCAAAAAGCGCAAUAAAGUGGUUGAAGAUCUCAGGCACUGGAACGAGGACCUAAAGAGGUCACUUGAGAAGCUCGAGGUCCCCGCGCAGGACGACACCCGAAAGGUUCAGGACUUGAAGCGCCGUUUCAACAUUACGCGCAGCGAUGCUAUUCGGCAGUCCCUCGCUUCUUUCCACAGGGCACUUGAGUUCGGAUUCCACUGUACUUGUUCGACGCCUCACCAAGCUGCGAUCGAUCUCGACUGGGCGGCCUACGAGUCCGAUUCAGCUAAAACCAUCAAAGUCGCCGUCUCGUACAAGACAAGCUCGCAGCCUCAGGGGCUCGGCUCGUGGUGCAAGCUUGGCAUUACCUCCGAGACUGUUGUCCAAACGCCUGAGCCGGCCCUUGACUUACUGACUCCAUCACCUCCGGCACCCAUUAGAGCCUCUUCACCAAAUUCGUUGUUCCGAUCUACGGUUGCACAUUUCAGGCUUGCCAGGUCGCUAUCCCGAUCACCCCCACCUCCACCAGCUUCGCCGACCACGACAGGUCCAUCUCCAAAUCCACAAGUUCUUGAGGCGUCGGUUGCAGUGUCGACCCCAGCAAACACCGAGGUAACCAGCCUCUGUGCUGCGCUAUGCACAGAGAGUAGCCGGUGGCCCUUGAUACGCUUUCUCAAAGACCCCGAUGAGGACAAAAAUCGACAUUAUUCUCUCUAUCACCAUCCAGUGGAUUCGAAAAACAUCGUCAAAGCAAUAACCCUGAAGUCGCUAUUUUCGUCACGCGAGCAACAAGCGCAGAGGCGAAACCCUUACCUCUCCCUAUCCGCAAAACAGCGGUUCGGCAUUGCCGCCACUAUCGCGUGGUCGGUCCUACACCUGAGUUGCAGUCCAUGGCUCACAGAACACUGGGAUCAGACGCAGAUGGGCAUUUUCCUUGAGAAGACGCAGAAUGGUCGGGAGGUUCUCUCGCGGCACCCCUGUGCAUCGUACGUCUUCUCGCCCCGAACCUGCCAGGAGCAGGCCACUGCGGACGAUUUCAGCCAUCUGGUUCCCAAUUUCAGCCAUCUGGUUCCCAAUUUCAGCCAUCUCGUUCCCAACAGAACCGUCUUCGCUCUUGGAAUUCUACUCAUCGAGUUCUGCAUCAGCGAGCCCGUGUCGAAAUCCCGUCAAGGCGAGGGCGUGCCUACCACACUCGUCGACGAUUACCAAUCUGCGCUGAGCAGACUGGACGAGGUGUACCGCCUCGCGGGGGACUCUUACGGAUAUGCGACAGAGCGGUGCGUGAAGUUCUCGUUCGAGGGACGGGAUGUAUACAAUGACUUUGACGUCUCAAGGUUCCGGCAGCAGUUCUAUGAUGCGGUGGUGGCUCCGGUGCAGGCAACAUAUCUCGCUUUCCCGGAUUCGCACCAUUCCGUGUAAGCUCUGGGAUGUUGGCUCUUAUCUAGCAAGAGGCAUAAGCCCCCACACGUUUUUUUUUUCUCUCUUUUUUCUGAGGGGGUAGAACCUUGAGAAGCCUUACGAGUGAGGGACAGUAGAAUCAUAAACAAUGGACCGACCCUUGUGGCUAUUAUCCCUGGAAAAUUCUAAAUGCUGCUGUUCUAGUUUUAACUUUGGUAAAGACGUUUGAAUCUCAAUAAAUGAUCUCUCUAAGAGGCGCAAUUAUAAGC